AUGGGGGAGCGGGAUGGCAGUUGGGACAGCGAUAGCGACGAGACAGUCGUGGAGGGCUCAGUGAUAGAGAGCGAUGUGGAGGGCGAGGAGCUCCACAGCAGGAGGUUAUCUUUUGUUAAUAAGGAUGUAUCUUUAACAACUGAAGUAAGAAUUGAUGAAGGAGCCCCCUCUCCAGAGAUCUCUUUUAUUCAUAAACUUCGUCAUCGUCCAUACACUUUGAAGGAGGAAAAGCAGAUAAAUCUGAUUUCAUGGAAAUUAAGUGAUGAAGAUCUCUCUCCAGAAACAAGCCUGUGUCUAGAUGCAUUUCUGGAGGAGCUAAUAGUGGUUCCAAAAGAACAGACACCGCAAGAUAUAUUUCCGCAUGUUUUGGAAGAUUGCCAGAGAAUGAGUGUGACUGUUACUGACACAGAUAACACAGUAAAAGAAUAUUCCCUUAAUAAUGAUACCGAUCUCUCAUUGACGUCCUUAGGGAAGAUUUUCAUGGAAGCAGUCUCUGAACAGAGAAUAGUGAUGGGUGAAUUUGAAAUCAGUGAUUUGUUGAAACCUCUCAGUGAUUCAGAGAGUCCUAAAAUGAUAAACCAAUUGCAUGACAUGUUAGAGUGCCAGGGUCCUGCCUUAUCCAUUGAUACAUUAGCAGAUGAGAGGAGCGAUGCCCUGCCGGUUGAGCUUGUGACAGCUCUGAACUCCUUGUCAGGCUCUGUAGUACAGCCUGUCACUCCUGAAGUGCCAAACAAGAGGCAGCUUAGCACUGAGGAAGAGCAGUUAAAUUCAGAACCCAGUAUUCCCCAGCUAGAUGAUGACUGUACGCAAAUAACAGAUACAUUUGAGCCUCAGCUCCCUACAGUUCAGGUGGAAGAAAUAAAAGCUAUAGCAGGAUCUAACUUGCAGAGGACAACGAAUGAGCAACUUGUGGGUGAUCAGCAGAGAGAGAAAGAAGUAAUUUCAGAUUAUUGGAGUGCCAACUUGCAUGAAAAGCCCGCUGGGGAGGGAAGUUCAGUGGAGACUGACGUGUGUGCAGAAACUACCAAAGCAACAUCAAGGAAAGCAAUGCAGUUAAGAGGGACCUUCUCAAAAAAGUGCAGAGAUCUUGUUUCCAGUUGUGGCCAAAUGCUACAAGAGACUCGGCAGAGGAUAUCUCACAAUGGCAAUAAAACAAGAAACAAAGCUAAGGAUUUUGAAAAAAUUCAGAAGUCUACUUCUAAAGACAAGCAGGAUCUAGAAACCAACGUAUGUCAAGGCCUGAUGACUCUGAAUGGGAAUAGAAAAGCCGAGCAGACAAGGAGAAGCAAAAGAAUCAAAAAGAAAAUUAGACAAGAAGCCUCCAUUAGGAAUUCCGUAAAUCUUAUUUUCCCCAUUCCACUGUCAAGAAUCAAUAGGAAGAAUAUUUUUGGUGAGACCUUACUGCAUAAAGCUGUUGCUGAUGAAGAUAUGGACCUUGUAUGUAAUAUAAUAAAAUGUGGUGCAAAUGUAAAUGCUCAGGAUUAUGCUGGCUGGACUGCACUACAUGAAGCAAGUGUGGAAGGCCUUUAUGGGAUAGCAAACGAGCUUUUGAAAGCAGGAGCUGAUGUUAAUGCUAGAGGAGGUGAACAAAUAACACCAUUACAAGAUGCAGUUAAAGAAGGUCAUUAUGAGUUGGCAGAGUUAUUACUUUGGUAUGGAGCUGAUCCUUUAUUAAAAGAUGAGAUGGGAAGAUGUGCAUUAGAAGAAGCUUCUGACCAGUCUAUGAGGAAACUACUUACAAGCUAUGUAGCAAAAUCCAGAAGAGGUUCAGAAGAGAUAUCAGCUGGAGAGGAUGCUGAGAGUAUGUUAAGUGCUCAAAGUUUAGAUGAUACAAACCUGCACCAGACAGAAUUAAACUCAGAUGGCACAGUCCAAUGUGAUCAUACUAAGGCAUCAAAGGAAGGCUUCGCUAAAAAUGAACAAAGCAGAAAAACAAAUUUGGUGACACAUACAAAAAAUACAGUUCUUCAGGAUUUGGAAGGCAGAAGACUGAAUGAAGGAAAUUUAACAGAUACAAAUUCAGAUUCAAAAAAGACAGAGAAAUCUGUUAUUGAUAUGGCAGAGGCUGCUGCCAAGAGUAAAAUUACUCAGAAAGGUAAUAAAAAAGAUACAUAUGUAUCUUUUUUAUGUCCCCAUACAAACCAAGGAACAAUUAAAAUACAGGAAGCAGUUUUGCCUGAUGUUGGACCUAAUGAAAUGGGCUUCAGUGUUGAUGUUUCUGAUCACAAUUUUUGCAGCACAGUUGAUGGUGAAGGUGAAUUGGUCUUGCUAACAGAAAUGCAACAGGAACAUGGAUUCAAUAGUGGUAACAAUGAAAAUCCAUUUCCAGAAGAAAAGAAAAGAACCGGUGGAAGCACAGCAACAUCUGUCAUCAUAGGGGAGGAAAUGACCAGUUUACAUUGCCCCACAUCAUCAAUGUCUGCAGAAAAAAUGUCUGUGAAGCAUUCUGAGACUACUGAUGUAACAGAACCUGAUUCUCAGUCAAUACUUUCUUUGACUUCAUCUCACAGUGUGUCACUUUUGAAGCUACAACAGGAAAUCAAGAGUUACGAUAGUGAUCAACGUAGUCUCACGCAGAGUAGCAAAGACAGCUUGACUGACAGGAGUCUAAAUACUGAUAUGAGGAUACCUUCAGAACAAAUUAUUUCUUUGAAAAACUUGACAAAUCAAGUUAAAUCUGAUGUUGAUGGAAACAAAAGUAAUGGAGAGGCUCUAAGUUUAAAAAUCUCCUUGCCCCUGUUGCAGGAGAUUUCUUUGCAGAUAAAUGAGUCAGAAUCAGCAUGUGCAAAUCUUACUGAUUCAGACAGCACAGAUAUAUUGCAACAGACUAUUGCAAAUGAGGUGCAAAACAUUUAUACAAAUAUAUCUGAAGAGGGAACCAAUUGUACUGAACAAACACUUCAAACAAAUACAGAAACACUGUUAGCAGAUGAACUUUUAGCAGCUACCAGUGGAGAAAGUGUUUCCAAAAGUUCCGUAAAUUGUAGCAGUGGGAUGCCAAGCACUAUUGAACAAAAAGCUGAACAACUAGAGGAGGGAAGGAGAGUCCUGCUUAAUGCAGAAGAAAGUGCUGAAGGGUUUCUCACUGAGACAGCUGAAAAUGCUAGCAAUUCAGAGAUGGGGUCUACAGCUUUAAAACCCCAUGAGAAGGAAGCACUUCGAAUUCAAAGAAAGAGACAAGAUCUUCAAGAGACCAACCGAAAAGCAGAUUUGCAUUUCAGUAUUAAUGCAGACAAGAAGUUUCCUUACCCUUCUCAGAUUAUGCAAAAUACAGAGCAGGAAACCUCCCAGAAAACAGAUGAAGGAGUGUUUGCUGAAAUAACUGGAACAGAAGUCACUGAAAAAAAUGAAGAAGAAAGAAAUGCAAAGGGCGAUGUGCUUUCACAGUUUACUGAAACAGAAGCAAUCCAAACUAAAAGAGUAAAAUUAGACCCUCAGGAGACAAGCCAAAAGACAGAUUUGUGUUCCAGUAGUGGUAAAAGCAAGCUUUCAUUGAAUCAAUCACACUUCAGUCAAGGAUCAAAACAGCAAACAUCUAAGAAAUCAGAAUCAUCCAAAAAAGAAGCUGUAGUUUUACAUGUCGCCUAUAAUACAAGAGCUUGGACAAAGAAGAGAAAUGCAAAAGGGGAAAAUCAGCUGCAUAUUGCUGCUAAGAGAGGAGACUUGUCUUUGGUGAAAACUCUAAUAUCAUCUGGAAUUUGUGUCAAUGAAACAGACAACGCAGGCUGGACAGCAAUUCAUGAAGCUUCCAACAGGGGAUUUACUGACGUGAUCUUAGAGUUGCUGAAAGCUGGUGCUAAUAUUAACAGCAGAAGUCUGGAUGGUACUUUGCCAAUACAUGAUGCUGUUUCUGGCAACUAUUUGGAGGCAGUGAGAAUUCUACUACAGCAUGGAGCAAAUCCCCAUGAGAGGGAUGAUUCGAGCGAAACUGCUUGUGAUAAAGCUUGUGAUGAUGAAAUGAAAGAACUGCUGAAGUCUUAUGGUGCUAUUGACUCUGGACUUUCUGUUAAAACUACUGGGGUUACAGAGAGGAAAUAUAAUCAUCCUACUCGGUCAAGAAGAUCAAAACUUAUUUGUUAUGACUGCUGUAAAAAUGAUGAUGCAGCUUUGGUGCCACAACAUGAGAAAUACGAUGAGUCUGUUGCUGCCAUAAAAGAUACAGAACAGAAGCAAAAAGAACUGUUGCUACUUGAAUUGAGAACUUCCAAAGAUGCAGAUGCAUAUAUCCAAAAGCUGUCUCAGAUACAAGAUACUUUGAAUGAAAUGCUUGCAAAACAGAAAACUGAAAGGGAUGCCCUUGCUAAAAAAUACAGGGCUUCAGUGGAAUCUUUUAAAAAAGGAGCACUAAGGGAACAAUUAGUUAAGCUUGCUUCUAGGCAAAAGAGUCUGUUGAUUGUUGCCCAGAACCAGAAGGAAUUAGUCCAGAAAAUACAAAAUUACAGAAAAGAAAAGCAAGUGUAUUCAACACAUGCAGAGAAACAAAUCUCAAACACAGUUAUUUGCUAUGGAAAUGGUAAAGGACAAGAUUUAACUGCUGAUAAAAUCAUGUGUCCUGAUGUAGUUACAUUUAGUACAGGGCCCGGUGCCAGCAUGCCUAAUGGAAACAGAGUAGAAGCACAUCUCUCUUUAGAAAAUAGAUUUUCAGCUCAGGAAUGCAGCCAACAUCCAAACAGCUGCUUGGCUGAGACAGGAACAAAUAAAGAAGCAAUUAGAAGCAAAGAGGUUUCUGAUCAUGCUUUGGCAUCUGAAAACAGGGUAAGAGAGUAUCCUUUCGAUAACAUGUCCAAGUUGACAAAUGCUGUAGAGGUGGUGACAUUGCCUUCAGAACCUGCUGUUUCCACUACUGAAACAAAAGGCUUACAGCAAAAAGACAUUGAUUGUGCAGCAGUUGCAGAACAAGGAAACAAGUCUCUAAAUCCCACUUCAGUGACCAACACAUUAAAUAUUUCAGAAGCCCGAAGCGCUGUCGUCAGUAAUAAUGUCUGUCAGCUGACCAGUGACUGUGAGCGGGUUCUUACUGCUGAGGAUCUAGACAGAUAUGUAAAUAAGAAAGAUGCUUUCCAGCAGCAGCAAGAGAUUGCGUCAACAUCCACAGAGGACUUUCCUAAUACUCUGCAGCAAAUGAUCUUUCAGAGUAGUGUUGAAUCGUUCAGUGCCAACUCAAUGCUUACAAGUCUUGUCUCAAAUACAGAUUAUUCAAUAAACCUCAACAAGAAAUCUUCUUCCCAGAGCUGUAGUAAUCAGGAAUAUGAACAAAAACAAUUGAAGUACAGACGAAAUAAUAGGAAAAAACUUCAAUUGAUGGAUCUACUUGAAUUGGGAAGGAUUAAGCCGGGAGAAAAUGUUUUAGAAUUCAAACUUCAGGAAUUUAGUCAUAAAGCCACACUCUUGGAGGAUGGCAAGAUCAAAACCAGUAACAGAAGAAUACUUCAGAAUCCAGUUCAGUGGGUUAAAGAGCUGCUAGGAAGUGAUAUUUCAGUGACCUGGAAGUAUGUAUGGAAUAAGGUUGGUCUGAUUUGAC